GUAUGCAAGGCAGAUCAGCACGUCGUCGUGACCAAAGCCGUUGGAUAUCUUCACGCGUGUAUAAAUUCGUAUGGCGAGAACAACCCCUGCUAAACUCAACAGAAGUAACCCGACAAUGAUGUUGUUCGGCCCGCGAGUUUCUGGAUCAACGUUAUUCGAUGGAGGCCAGGAAGCAGUUAUCUCUGCUGUGAUCCGCAUGCUGUGUCUGAAGGUGUAGCAGGAAGGGCCAGAGUGCGGGUUCCACGCAAGCCGAGAUGCUGGUCGGCCUAGGCCAGGGCUUCGCCGAGGACGUCUAAUGGGCAGCGGUACAAAUAUACCAUGUUUCUUGACCAAGACCUCGAAGAGCUAGACUUGUCGUUGAAUCCAGCUGGUGACCAGGUGCCAGCCGAGAUCCGGCCCGCCACUACGCCUUACCUAAUGGGAGCUAGUGCCACCCCGCCAAAUCCACCCACAAAAAUUCCUGGGAUUCGCAAAAUCACUUUUGAUCUUGAAUUCUCGGCUUUCUCCUCGUAA